GAUUACGAGGUUCUAUCCUUUCGGAUAAAAUCCGAAAAAUUUCAAACAAGAAACUAUUCGGAGUCUCGUUUGAAACAUUCGAGAGCCGAAUUUUAACGUUUUUACUAAAGCACAAUGGAGGAGACGACGCUGCCGACGUACUCGUCCGUGUCUCCCAGCUCGUCGAGCGAGGUCUCCACCAAGGACAUGGAGGACACGGUGCAGCAGUUGCUGGAAAACGUGGUAUUCCUGGACAUUCGCGUCUGGCAACUCGCCGGCAUCGUUCUUUCCAUUUUGCUGAGCAUAGUCAUCGGGCUGUGUUGUUGCAUUCGUUUCCGUGUACCUAGAACGAAGCAAGAGAUCGAGGCGGACUAUAUUCGUAAGAGGAUCACCAAAAAUUUUCGGAACGAACUCUCGAAGAUUAGCAACACGGAGAUGGACGAAAUGGAUCUGCAGAAAGCUCUGGACAGAAUCCGAAGCGAGUAUGAGGGGGAUAUGUCCGCGAUAGCGAACGAGUGUGCGGAAAUGGUGCAGCGGAGCGCCCGGCAGGGCUUCCGGUCCAGAUUUAACGCCGUGUUUGGCGGGACGCGCGUACGUUUCAGUCAGCACACAGGAUCGAACGCUGUGAUCUAACGACGGCGAGAUUUGUUCUCCAACAUGUCGUGAUCUCGAGGCGGUGGCAAAACCCUCUCUUGGAAGUGCGUGUCUGCGACUUCCACGCGCAACUUCAAGAAGAUGUUAAGAAGAGAAACGCGAAGCGCAAGAGAAAAAUAAGAUACACGUAUACUAAAAGUAUGGUAAUAUAAGUGUGAUAAAAUAUAUUCGCUUUCUCUUAAUAACUUCAACACGAAGAAAAAUUUGAAAAAAAAUUUGAUAUAGAGAUACCGAUGGUCGAUGGUUUACCAGUUUACGCGAGGAAUAAACGGCGAGCAAUAAAUUGCGUAAACGCUUUCAUUGACUAAAUAUAAUCUUUAUUUCAUAGAUAUAUUUUACACAAAAA